AUGGCCCUUUGGGCAUUGAAAAAGCUGAACAUGGAUUGGCAUGAAACAACCAAGCUGAGGUUGUUUCAAAUCAACGAGAUGGAUGAAUUUAGGUACAACACCUAUGAAAGUGCAAAGUUGUACAAGGAAAAGAUAAAAUACUAUCAUGACUCGAAGAUCCUCAAAAGGGAUUUUCAGCGAAAGGACUUGGUCCUGUUGUACAAUUCACGCCUAAAGUUCUUUUCGGGCAAGCUAAAGUCUCGAUGGUCCGGUUCAUUUGAAAUUGUAAGUGUUUCCCUAAAUGGAAGUGUCAUUGAGGUGAAAACCGAGGAUGGCGCUCGAACACUCAAAGUGAAUGCACAAAGAGUGGCUCUUAUCAUUGGUGCAUUGAUGAUGGUAAAGUGGUUGAUCGGUAUCGUUUGA